AGAGAGAGAGAGAGAGAGACACAAGCCUUCAGUCAGCUCUGAGCAAAAAGGAAAACUCUGGAAAAGUUUAUCAUCAUUCUAGGAGAGAAGAGCUGAGCUGCGCUGCUCCCGAUUUUCCUUUUUUGUGUGAAUUUUUAUCUUCAAGAAUUAUCAGAGCUGCUGUGUCCGCCUCCCUCUUCAUCUGCUUGGGCAUCAGCUGACACUGUGAGUAACGAGGAGGAAGCAAAUUGCCAUAGUCAGCAGAAAAGCUCCAGGGAAUUGGGAGCGGGGGGCUGACGUCACUUCCAGCGAGCGUGAGGCUGAGCUGCCAGAGGGAAGAACAGGCGAGAGCUCCAUCGACUUAAUCCGGUGAUCAUGUGUCAGGCGAGCCUGCAGCGAGCGCCGCUGAACACGAGGAAAUGGUGAGAUGCCGCAAAUCUUUACAUAGCCCUCCUACUUGCUACAAUCUUCACAAAGUUAAAAUUCUUGUGCGCCGGCCUCGCGCAAGCUCCUCUGAACAGCUGGGGGAAUGUGAAGAGCAGCGAGAACGCGAUGGCUGUGGCCUUGCUGAGGGUUCUGCCUCACGCCGGCAAGCCCGCUUCAGGUUACAUUUUCCACAGCUGGCCCUGCGCCGCAGACUUGGUCAGCUGAGCUGCAUGUCCAAACCCGCACUGAAGCUGCGUUCCUGGCCGCUGUCCUUCCUCUACUAUUUCCUGCCCUUUGGAGCUCUUAAACCACUUGCCAAGGUGGGAUGGAGACCAACUAGUCGGGUGGCUCUCUAUAAGUCCAUCCCAACACGCCUGCUGUCCAGAGCAUGGGGGCGACUUAACCAGGUUGAACUGCCCAUGUGGCUGAGGAAGCCCGUCUAUAGCCUCUACAUCUGGACGUUUGGGGUCAACAUGAAGGAAGCAGCUGUGGAAGACCUGCAGCACUACCGCAACCUCAGCGAGUUUUUCCGGAGAAAGUUGAAACCCCAAGCACGGCCCGUCUGCAACUCUCACUGUGUGAUCAGUCCCUCAGAUGGUAAAAUUUUGCACUUCGGCCGAGUAAAAAACUGUGAAGUUGAACAGGUGAAAGGGGUCACAUAUUCCUUAGAGACAUUCCUGGGUCCGCAGACGUGGACAGAUAUCAGCAAAGGAGAGGACGACGCAGGCUCAUUCCAGGAUCUCCUAGUAACUAAAGAUGGGAACCAGCUCUUCCACUGCAUCAUCUAUUUGGCGCCGGGUGAUUACCACUGCUUUCACUCCCCCACGGACUGGCGCGUGGCCCAUCGCAGACAUUUUCCUGGCUCCCUUAUGUCUGUCAACCCUGGUGUAGCUCGCUGGAUCAAAGAGCUGUUCUGCCAUAAUGAGCGGGUGGUCCUCAGUGGAGAAUGGGUCCACGGCUUCUUCUCCCUCACAGCAGUUGGAGCAACGAAUGUUGGAUCUAUUCGGAUAUACUUUGACAGGGAUCUGCGCACAAACAGCCCUCGCUACUGCAAAGGCUCCUACAAUGACUUCAGCUACAUCUCCAGCACCAAUAAAGAAGGGGUCUGCAUGCGAAAGGGGGAGCACCUGGGUGAGUUCAACCUCGGCUCCACCAUCGUCCUCGUAUUUGAGGCGCCUAAAGACUUUACAUUUAACCUUAAGGCAGGACAGAAGAUCCGUUUUGGAGAGGCUCUUGGGACGAUGUGAGCUGAGUGCUCAGAUGGACAUGUGGACUGACCACCACCAGCAGCACACAGAGAGGAGCGAGCGCCCAGAACACAAAGAUGCACUGUGGGGUGGGAUUGGGGGUCGGGUGGGGGGGGCUGAUGGCUUGUCACUACCAUGUUAUUGCAGAUACUGUAAGCACCUUUAACAGCAGUAUUUAGGGACCAGUUGAUGCUGGCUUAAUUGGAACUCGGUUCCUACCAUGCAGUGCCAACCGUUUUUACAGCGCAGUCUCAUUGGGGCAUUGGGUUUUCAAUUUUUGGAUUAACAAUAAAGAUGCCUACAGUAUACUUGAGCUUUUGCCAUCUUGAUGUAACUCGGCACCGAGUCAUACCUGGAUGGAUGACUGAACCUGGCCGGACUCCAGGCAGUGCUUUCUCACAGCGGGUCGUCCUGCACAGGGGGCAGGAUACUCUGAAUAAUGUAAGCUGAAUAAUUCUGAUGGGGAAGGCAACUCUGUUAACACUGAAUGAGCUAAACUGUAUUUUUAUAUGUGAAAAAAAAGUCAUUUAACACUGCAUACAUUUGAAAUAAUAAAAGUCCUUUACAGAAAA